UGAACGAGCCCAUUCUUGUGUGUGUCUUUGUGUCGAAUUACGGCGAGAGAGAGAGAGAGAGAGAAGAGAAUAGGAAAACCGGUCGGAGGAGGUGAACGGGUUCGGGCCUGGACUGGAGGAGCUGUUGUGACGUUGCAGUCCAUGCUCAUACACACACACACACUCUCUCUCUCUCACACACACACACCGGCUGCCGCUACCAGGACUCAAUGUGGGGAAAUGACCGAGAGUGACCUCAAAGGAAACACCGGCUUUUAGCGACUGUUUAUGUUUUUAUUUUUCACCCACGCACACGCAGACAUGAGCGCUAAAUUUUAGCGAGCUAUUUUAGCUUUAAAUACGGGCCAUUCAGGCGUUUAGCCGCGCGCACGGUUCUGUCAGCUUGCAAGCGGAGCUAAUAUUAGCUAAGCUAAGCUAAAGCAGCCGGCGUUUACGUUCUGUUUACCCGCAGAUGCUAAGCUAGGCUAAGGCUAGCUGCUCGCCAUGGAUCAAGCCAAGUCGAUGGUCGACAAGAAAGGAGCGGUGGGACCGUUUCACGUCAACAACGGACAGAGCCAGAGGGGGUUUCACGGCCAUGGCGUCGUGGCCGCCAACGGUAGCUGCUGCAGCGGCGGAACCAACAACAGCGGCGGCGGCGGCGGAACCACUUUCGAAGGCAUGCAUCACCUGCACCGCGGGGAGGAUGCGGAGUGCAACGGGUCCCCGGCAAAGCGGUGCCGGCUACGGAGGAGGACGGAGUCGGUGAGGCGGCACAGACCCCCAUUUCCCUGGUUUGGGAUGGACAUCGGCGGCACCUUGGUAAAGCUGGUGUACUUUGAGCCUGUUGAUAUCACUGCAGAAGAAGAACAGGAAGAAGUGGAAAACCUCAAGUCCAUCCGCCGCUACCUCACCUCGAACGUGGCCUACGGUAAAACAGGUGUCCGUGACGUCCACCUGGAGCUGAGGAACAUGACCAUGUGCGGCAGGACGGGAAACCUGCACUUCAUCCGCUUCCCGACGCAGGCCAUGCCCCGCUUCAUUCAGAUGGGCCGCGACAAGAACUUCUCCAGUCUGCACACGACGCUGUGUGCCACCGGAGGAGGGGCCUACAAGUUCGAAAAUGACUUCCGGACGAUGGCCGACCUGGAGCUGCUGAAGCUGGACGAGCUGGACUGCUUGAUCCGUGGGCUCUUGUUUAUGGACCGGGUGGGCUUCAACGGACACCCAGAGUGCUACUACUUCCAGAACCCGUCAGACACGCAGAGGUGCGUGAAGAAGCCCUGCACCCUUGACAACCCGUUCCCCAUGCUGCUGGUCAACAUCGGCUCCGGGGUCUCCAUACUGGCCGUGUACUCCGAGAACAACUACAAGCGGGUGACUGGGACCAGUCUGGGGGGCGGCACAUUCCUGGGCCUCUGCUGUCUGCUGACGGGCUGCGAGACGUUCGAGGAGGCUCUGGAGAUGGCCAGCAAGGGCGAUUCCACCAACGUGGACAAGCUGGUGAAAGACAUCUACGGAGGAGACUAUGAGCGCUUCGGCCUGCAGGGCUCCAUCGUCGCUUCCAGCUUUGGUCACAUGAUGAGCAAAGAGAAGAGAGACAGCAUCAGCAAGGAGGACCUGGCCAGAGCCACGCUCAUCACCAUCACAAAUAAUAUAGGAUCUAUAGCCGGCAUGUGUGCUGUCAACGAGAGAAUCGAGCGCGUUGUGUUUGUUGGGAACUUCCUUCGGAUCAACACAGUCUCCACGAAGCUGCUAGCCUACGCCAUGGACUACUGGUCUAAAGGACAGUUAAAAGCCCUUUUCCUGGAACAUGAGGGUUAUUUCGGAGCGGUGGGGGCGCUGCUGGAGCUGCUGAAGACGACGGAGGACCCGUGAAGGUGCUGAAAGGUCCCCUUCACAGAGGAACACUAAGAGAGGGAUUCAGAAACUGAGAAAAGCCAUUUUAAUAGUAAUUUAACAUUUGUAUAUAAAGAUAACCUCUAAUGUCCCUCUCCUAUAUUUCCCCGGAGUCUCCCGCCAUCAUAGAGGUUUUAAUAUUGUAAUCUUUAAUUUAUAGUUUCCUGUGAUCAGGCUGGUUCAUUCUUCUGAUCAGCCCUGUGUCAGGACGCACAGUCGCAAAGUUUUAACUUGCUUUUUUUUUUUGUUUGUUUUGUUUUUAAUAAUAAUUUUUUUUUUUUUUUUUGUGGAAAGCUACUGUAGCAUUACGUCCUGGGGACUGUAGUGCGUGGGGCGACUUCUGUGUGUGCACGGCGAAGAAGGCUCUCCUCUGAGUUCCAUCUUUUGAAGUGCAGGAGUUUUGCAGUUUGUUGCACAAUGAGUUUCCCCGUUCCCCUUGUUCUUCUGAGGAGUGCACUGAAGCCAAAUCCCUUUGAGAUUCAUUUAGCACUUGCUUCCCUCAGCUCCAGACUGGAAGCAGGAAAACGGUCUCUUUUUAUCUUUCUAUCUAAACGACACAUUGCCUUUGCUGUACGUUCGUCUGUCUUCCAUCUGCCUGCAUCGUAUUCAUCUCUAACACUUCCGUAUCCUCACGCAUGAAACUUGCUGUCGAAGAGACAGAAUCAAGACGUCGUCUUCCCAGACUCGAUCUGGAUCUCGCUCGGCAACCCGUGCUUGUGAUGAGUGAAAGACUUUUCUUUCUCUUUCUUCUUGCUGUUGCCCUUCGCUGCCUGUCUGUGUCUUACCUGCAGGACUUCUUGGAAUUAAGGCACGUUCCUUCUCCCUUUGGCUUCUAAUGUUCCCGAUGCUGCCUUGAUUGGUUUUAAUGAGGUGUUUACAAUGUGCUCGGCAAUUAAUUGAACAAAAAAUGGAGAAGAUGAGUCAGUUUUUAAUGGUCUGGCGAUGGCAUGUUAUUGUAGUUGGCUGUUCAUACAUAAAUUCUGCUCACCUCUUUGUUCUUAAGAAAACUGUAAUCCUGUUCUCCUCUCAUAAGAAAUGCUUAGCAGCGACUAACCUCGAGCUUUAAAACCUCCUCAUAAUCGAUAAACUCUCGAGUCGCCGCAGUAGAACUGUAGAUUGUGGAGGAAUAUGGACCACAAGUGUAUUUCUUCCUGUAGUUUCUCUUCCCAGCCUGGACCUUUUUACAGCCUUUCAUUUCACCUCUCUCUCCGAAGCAGCUGAACCAUAAAGACGGACACUGUCCACCGUCUACAUGCCUUUACUCUCCUGCAGAGAAACUGUGCUCUUUCCUCAGUGUCAUGCUGUAAAAUCCACCUUAAAUGCACAGAAAUCGUCAUGUGGCGACACAUUUACAUGACUUCAGUAUCUUUUAAACUUCACCUACAAUCAAUGUGAGUCAAAUCAGAUGUGAUCGUGUUAAACAUAAAUGUGUCAUACACUCUGAUUCACACUAAUGACUUUCCUUUAGAAUGAAGGAAGACCGAAAUGUAAUAUAUUUAUGUUUUAUAGUGUAUCAGUGUAAAAAGCAGAGGUGUCAAACUAUAUUUAAAUACACAGCCCUGUUUGUUCUCAAUCUUCAACACUAAAAUGUUGCCCUAUAAAUUAUUUUAUUAUAUCUAGAAUUAAGCUUUCUCUUUCAGUUUUAGUUGCAAAUAUGUACAGGUUCUGUAAAUGUCCACAUUUAAUGAACUCUGCUUUCCAAAAUCUGUUAAUCUCCCAGAAUCUGGGCAAAAGCUUGUUGAAUCUUCAGUAUUCAGCAGAACUGUUUCCUCAAACUUACCCUAACACAACUUCCAUGCUAAUUCGUUAAUCCUUCAACUGCUGUAUUAAUUUUCACUUUGAGGAAUAUCUGACAAAGAGCAGCAGUGAAUCUUACUGUAACAAGUGGAUUUUGUGGCAAAAAUACCAAACUCUGGCCCUAAGAAGAGCUUUUCCCACAGGUUACCAGGCCUCUGUGUGUUCUCAGUAGGGAUAAGAGCAGAUUGUAACCACUAGAUGCCUCUAAAUCCUCCACACUGAAUCUCUGAAUGGCACAAUGCUUCUGCAAGGGUCAGAAAGAGAGGGUAAGCGAUCAUCUCCCGUCAACUCAGUCAUGGAGAGUUUCACUGCAAACUGUGACAGCUUCUCUGUUUUCUGGUCCUUGUUGGUUUUUUUUUGUUUGUUUUUUUUUUUUGCCUUGUUCCAGCUCAUGCUGGGACGAUAACAGUGACCUCAGUCUGUCAGGUGCCACUCUGCUUGAUGAUAAUUAGGCUAGUCGGGUCGCAUCGUGCCACCCCCCCCCUCCUGAUCUGAAGCCCCCAGCCGGUUGCCUUCACUGCAUGUCAGUUUGGUCACACUGUAUUUGUGCCCUUCACUUUCCUACUGAGCGUCCCUUGUUUGUUUUUUCUUCUUUUUCUUGUGUUUUUGCAUGCGUCUAGCCUUUUUCAGUUUUCCUGUUGUGCUUUCUGGGCUAGUUUUCUUUCUUUUGCCACUAAGAUUCAGAGCAGUUACAACAAAUUGGCAGUGUGGAUAGUUCAUGAUUCGCCUGCCCGUCCCAAAUAUGUCUUCACACAAAAUCAUCGACUCUUGAAGUAAGAUCUGCGAUUCAUUGAAAACCACAAUUUUCUGUUUAUAUCAGAUUGUUUUAUGGAAAAUUUUCAAAAAGUGUGUCAUUUUAUUUUUAUCAUUCUGUUUUUGUGGCCAGUACUAAUAAUGAGGUUGUGUAUCCCCCCCCCCCCCCCCCCCCCCCCCCCCCCCCCGGCAACUGAUAUAUAUAUAUUUUUUUUAAUGUUAUACCGAUUGUUGUUUUUGAACAUGUAGUUGGCACAACAGAACCAGUGUGAUUGUUUGUGUUCCGUCAGACUGCAGUAAUGCUCUGAAACGUUGGUCGCUGCAUGCCGUACCUCUCGAGCUCAUGUCAUUGUCCUGCAGAUCAUUUUAUCCUGACAGGUUUUGCUGUUUGUGAACAGCAGUGGUUUUAUGUUUUUACAUUAUGUGGACCCGUCUGUCCGUCACUGCUGUCUCUGCAGAGUACAUGCGAUAUCAUGUUUCUAUGCUAUUCUUAAUGUAUUCCGGUUUAUGGUGACUUUGUAAUUGUCUGUUCAUACUACACAGUUAAAACCUUGAAAUAAUUCUGUUGAUUAUUGUUGUUGUUUUGGGACUGAGCUGGUCAGGUGGAUACAUACUCUCUGCCCAAAAAAAACAAAACAAAAAAAAAAAAAAAUGAUGGAAUAAUAAGAACAAUGUUAGACGAUUCAUACGUCACGUGAAAGUAAAGAAACGGUGAACCUAAGUAGCAUCUUUGCAUUUUCUGUGGUUGUGGAGUAUGUAUAGACCUUCAUACUGAUGUCAGGCUGCAAACGGUCAUAACGACACAAAAACACCUUCUUCAGAUCAGCACAACGGCUCGUGGUGUGGUUGGUAUUUUUGAAGUAUUUUAACUUACAUACAAUGUGAAUCAGUCUUUUCAGCAACGCCACAUCAAAGCAGCUUUUUGUUUCUGUUAUUCCGACUCAAGUCGCUCUGCUUUCAGAGCGAUCUGGGUCUGGAUCUGUUCGGGGUUCGUUUCCCACCGGGACCACCUGUACUCGGAGUGUUUCUCUGUACUGUGAGGAGCUCCAACGGCAAAUGAGUGAGAUCUUAACCUACAAGCUAUGCAGUAACACACUCAUCCAUCUCUGUCACCUCCUAUCUAAACCUACCAGAGUUGAAUUGACUUGUUUGUUAAUACUUUUGUAAAGAAUAUGCAACCCUGUUCGUUUUUCCCGCUCACUGAGAAAUCCUGUUUGAAUCUUGACGGAGAGUUUCUCCCCCUCCUGAAGUUUCAGUCCUGCUGAAUUUGUUGUGAACACUACUGAAGGCGGACGCUUGUAACAGGAUGUUUGAGACCGAAUUAUGCACCAGAAGUGUUUUUUUGUUCUUUCUUUUUUCCUCCCCCAUGUGUAACUCAACCCUACUCCAGGUGCAUGUACUGCACAGGAGAGUGAUUACAGUAUACAUGUUUACGACUAAAAUCAGUCGUUUUAUGUAUUUUAGAUUUAAUCCCACUUUUAUUUUUGUUUAUUAAGAGAAAAUCGUCUUUAAAGGUGCACUAUGUAAACUUGAAUGCCAGAUUUAUGCAUUAGUUGGCAGCGGACAGACUUUAUUUGGAAAUGUGUUAAGAGCCCAUUUACACAUUUUCAAGUGAAAACAAAAAAUCUUUCUUUGCAUAUUAGUCUGUUUACAUGACAACAGUGCUUGGAGUCACUGAAAAUGCAACUUUUUGAAAACGCCCUUAAUUCUUCACCAUCUGAGCGGGUAAAGCUCGGGCUCUGUCUUUGUGUAGACUGAGGGACGCUGUGGCUGUAUAGUAGUUCUUUUGUACACGAUGGACAAUAACAGCGUCCAUAUUCUCCUGGACUUGGUAGUUCUACAGUUGUCACUGGAAUACCAAUCUGAGUUUGUCUGUCCUUAUGAAUGUCCAUGUACUCCCGUUGUUAAUGUUUAGAGCAUAUUGUUCUUAACACAGGUGUGGUUUCAGCACACAUCAACCAACAGCACCAACUAGUGGCCCAGCAUGAAAACGACCCUGCUGUUUCCAUAGAAAUUGGCACAAUUUUUAAAAAGUUGCCAUGUAAACACAAAAAUGAUGCGUUUUUGUGUAAGAAAGAGCAUAGUGUACCUUUGAAAUGUGCAGAUAUCUCCUCCAAACUUGAUAUGAUUUUUCACCCAACUCCUCAAAGGUUCCUAAUCCGGUCAAACAUCCUGUUGCUGUAACACAUCCGACCUUUGACCUGUUUUCUAAAAUGCUUGACUGGCAGGAUGGAUCUUUUCACCCUUGUGUAUUUGAUUGUACAGAGCUUUUGUAAAUAAUAAUAUUAACGAUAAUAAUAAUAUGAUUUAUUCGACACCAGCAAAUCUGUCUGAAGUGGUUUCAGCUGUCCGGGGCAAAGUUUCCCAAGUACGACUCGGCCAUGUUCGAUCUCAGACGCAGACAGAAGACGCAUCGAGACAAACCACUUUUCAUAUUUACAGUUGUGAUAGUAUCCGUGAAUAGCUUGUUUUAACCUGCUUGCAGUACAUAAUAAGGAUGAAACAUUGUUUUAGAUGUUUUUUUUUUUUGUUUUUUUUUUCUGUGAUUAGGUUUGAUAUCUCAAACAUUUAAUGUCAGUUUGAUAAGAUUAACAAAAACAUUUUUCGUGAGCAAUCUUGGUGGGAAGCUAAUGAAAAUCCUUUCCUUCCGGCUGUUCCGAUGCUCUUGGUGGCUCCUGUCGAGGUGCAUGUUUUCUGUCUGCUGGAUUUCAAUGCCAGUUGUUCAAUCCCUGUGAUCUGGGUCCACGGGAAGUCUUGGAUCGCCCAGUGCUGGUUGUUCGUGUCAGAGCUGCUGCUUUUAACUCCGGUUUGAAUAAAAGAAAGGGUUAAAAAAAAAAAAGAGAGAAAUUAAAGAUUCCCUGCCUUGUGCAA